GCUCCGCCCCUCCCACAGGGCGGGGCGCGGUGUUGCCACUGAGCAUCCUCAGCACCAUCCAGGACUCGGGGCAGACCGCAUCUCGGACAGGGACCCGGAGGACCAACACACCAGGUACAGGUUGGAAUCUGCUGGCCGCCGCUUCAUCCACUAACAGAACCAGCAGUUUCCUCUCAGCACGCCGUGAACCUGUCAGAAAGAAUUCAGAUGUUUACAGGUGUGUCUGAGCAGAUCCGGAUGGACCGGGCCCGGGCAUCGGGUCUGGGCUCGGUCCAGCAGGCCGCACGCUUCCUGAACCAGGACUUCCAGGCCCUGAAGGAGGAGUGCCUGCAGAACAGAACCCUGUUCGAGGACCCAAUGUUCCCCGCAGAACCGGCCUCGCUCGGCUUCAAGGAGCUCGCUCCUUUCACAGCCAAAACCAGAGGGGUGGAGUGGAAGAGACCGACGGAGCUGACACGGAGUCCUCAGUUCAUUGUGAGUGGAGCCACCAGGACGGACAUCUGCCAGGGCGCUCUGGGUGACUGCUGGCUGCUGGCUGCGAUCGGCUCUCUGACGCUGAAUGAGCGGCUGCUGCAUCGUGUCGUUCCUCACGGUCAGAGCUUCAGCCAGCAAUACGCCGGCAUCUUCCACUUCCAGUUCUGGCAGUUUGGGCAGUGGGUGGACGUGGUGAUUGACGACCGACUGCCGGUCAAAGAUGGCGAGCUGAUGUUCGUCCAUUCGGCGGAAGGCACUGAGUUCUGGAGCGCCCUGCUGGAGAAAGCUUACGCCAAGUUGAACGGGUCAUAUGAGGCACUAUCCGGCGGCAGCACCACCGAGGGCUUCGAGGACUUUACGGGUGGUGUGUCAGAGAUGUAUGAGUUGAAGAAGGCUCCCAGAAAUCUUCAUCGCAUCAUCAGCAAAGCUCUGGAGAGCUCUCUGCUCGGCUGCUCCAUAGACAUCACCAGUGCCUUCGACAUGGAGGCGGUCACCUUUAAGAAGCUGGUCAAAGGUCACGCCUACUCGGUAACAGGCCUCAGACAGGUGGAGUACCGCCGCCGACAGGAGCUUCUGAUCCGGAUCCGGAACCCCUGGGGUCAGGUGGAGUGGACUGGAGCCUGGAGCGAUAACUCCUCGGAGUGGAACGCCAUCGACUCGGCAGAGAAGGACGAGAUGCUGUGUAAGAUGGAGGACGGGGAGUUCUGGAUGUCGUUCCAGGAGUUCCUGCGUCAGUUCUCUCGGCUGGAGAUAUGCAAUCUGACUCCAGACGCUCUCAGUCAGGACACCACCAGCUUCUGGACCACUGCUGUGUAUGAGGGCAGCUGGAGGAGAGGAAGCACCGCCGGGGGCUGCAGGAACCACCCCAACACCUUCUGGAUCAACCCUCAGUAUAAAAUCUCCCUGCUGGAAGAGGACGAUGACCCUGAGGACGAAGAGAAAGCCUGCAGCUUCCUGGUGGCACUGAUGCAGAAAGAUCGCCGCCGCUACCGCCGCCAGGGCCAGGACAUGCACACCAUUGGCUUCGCCAUCUAUGAGAUACCUGAGCAGUCCCAAGGCUGUCCUAGCGUUCACAUGAAGAAGGACUUCUUCCUGCGUCAAUCCUCUUGCGCUCGCUCUGACACCUUCAUCAACCUGCGAGAGGUGAGCUCCAGGUUCCGCCUGCCACCCGGCGAAUACCUGAUUGUCCCGUCAACCUUUGAACCCUCAAAGGAAGCGGACUUCGUCCUGAGAGUGUUCACCGAGAAACAGUCUGAGUCUCAGGAGAUGGACGACGGCGUGGUGGCAAACUUUGGCGAAGAGGAGGAAGUGUCAGAGAGGACCAUUGAUGACUCCUUCAGGUCUAUGUUCGCUCAGCUGUCUGGAGAAGACAUGGAGAUCUCAGUGCGGGAGCUCAGGACCAUCCUCAACAGAGUCGUGGCCAAACACAAAGACCUGCAGACUGACGGCUUCAGCAUGGAGUCCUGCAGGGCCAUGGUCAACCUCAUGGAUAAAGAUGGCAGUGCUCGCCUCGGGCUGGUGGAGUUUCAGAUUCUCUGGAACAAGGUCAGGAAGUGGCUGGGAGUCUUCAGAGAGUUCGAUCUGGAUAAAUCCGGCUGCAUGAACUCAUACGAGAUGCGGCUGGCACUGGAAAAUGGCGGUUUCAAACUGAACAACAAGCUGCAUCAGAUGCUGGUGGCCCGAUACGCCGACAACGAGAUCAUUGACUUUGACUUCACCUGCUGCGUCAUCAAACUGGAGGCCAUGUUCCGAACCUUCCAGCACCUGGACAAAGACGGGACGGGAACCGUGGAGGUGAACAUCAUCGAGUGGCUCUGUCUGUGCAUGUGCGGCUGAAUCACCUGAACGUCAGAGCGCCCCGUCCAGGGAGAACAUACCACCACAGCUCUACCACUCUGCAAUCUACAAUGCUGCAGCGCAGCUACUACUACUACUUCCACUUCUAUAAUACUGCAGUACUGCUACAGUAAAGCUGCAGCAGAUCUUUGAAACAUGAGAGCAGCAGAAACAUAUUACUCCAAAUAUUCAGCGGCCUACCCACAUAUUUAUAUACUGCAUGAACAUACACACAGGUAUUGUGCUUCACCUGUGCAGGUAAUUAACAGAUUAACCAGAGUCUGGAAUCAUAUAAUCCUCAAUCAUGGCAGCUGUUCCAGAUGUUUGAAAAGCUUUUAUGAACUUGUCUCCUGGAAACAUUUCAAGUGCUAAUAACAGUUCUGAUGUUUCACUCAACACCUUCA